UGUGUCCGUGCAAGUCAAUAAAAUUUUUCGUAGUUUCAUUUUGCUUGACAGAUGAGAAGUGAGUGAGAAGCGAAUGAUGUUUUCGACGAUUACUUAUUCAGCCUUUGCAAAUGGCGGAUGGUCGUUCCGUAUAAAAACCAAUAAAAAUACAGGACUCGAUUUCUACUCAGUGAACAACCACAUCGAAGUCACACAGAUUUCGAAACUAGUUCCAAUAACCUAACAAAGAUGACAACGAGCAGCGAGGAUGUUCUCUUGCAAAUGGGUGGUGUACGGUACAAAAAAGGCGAUGGCACGUUGUAUGUGAUGAAUGAGCGAAUUGCAUGGAUGGUAGAAAAUAGGGAUAAGGUGGCUGUGUCGCACAAAUAUCAAGACAUUAAGAUGCAAAAAAUCUCGCCGGAGGGAAAGCAAAAAGUUCAACUACAAGUCGUGCUGCAUGAUGGCAACAGUACUACAUUUCAUUUUGUUAAUAAAAACGGUGUUAGUGCGCAAAUAGCUGAUCGUGAUAAGGUUAAAGAGUUACUGCAGGAUUUACUGCCAAAAUUCAAACGAAAAGUUGACAAGGAAUUGGAGGAGAAGAAUAGAAUCUUAUCGGAACAUCCACAUUUAUUGCAACUGUAUAAGGAUUUGGUUAUAACGCAAGUGCUGACCAGUGAGGAAUUUUGGUCAUCUCAUGCGAAACAAUACACACAACAAUUAGCACAGAAACAAGAAAUUGGUGUCUCAGGAGCUUUUCUAGCUGAUAUCAAACCACAAACAGAUGGAUGCAAUGGACUGAAGUAUAACUUAACAAAUGAUAUUAUCGAAUGCAUAUUCAAAGCAUAUCCAGCGGUGAAACGCAAACACAGCGAACACGUUCCGGCAAAGCUUAGUGAAAGUGAAUUCUGGACGAAAUUUUUCCAAUCACACUAUUUCCAUAGAGAUCGAAUCAACACGGGAACAAAAGACAUAUUUACCGAGUGCGGGAAAAUUGACGACCAAGCGUUAAAAAUCGCCGUUGCCGAUGGGGCUGGUGAUGUUUUCCUGGACUUGCAAACAUUCGAAGAUAAUACAUUGGAAGAAGGUUUCGGUGGCGCUGUGUCGGAUAAGAGUGGCGUCAAUAGUGGCAAUAUUGUUCAUCAGAGUAUGAUCAAACGGUUCAAUCAACACUCGACCAUGGUUUUGAACACUUGUCUCCAAUCAUCGGCCCCAUCAACUGUAACAAAUGGAAUAGCGAAGACCGAUGCAAACAAGAAUAACGUCGAUCAGGGUAGUGUAGUGGUAACGAAUGGUACAAAAGAGAAGCACAAGCGAAACCACACGUCGAUCACAGACGAUACAAAUGACAUUUCCGUUAGCAAAGUGGCUGAUCCAAAGAUAAAGAAAGCUAGAAUCUUAGAAAAAAUUAGAUAUGACGACCUGGAAGGUGAUGAACAGACGUCCAAAGGACCUUCACAACUGAAUUUGGUAAAAAUCGAAAGGUACCUGCACGGACCGAUACCGGUGACACACAAUGAAUCGCUGGACGAUGCUCACCAAUUGGAGUCCGUACAAUACCAACUGUUGAACGAAAUAAAUGGUUGGAGUACGCGAACACCUCACAAGGUAUUAGUUAGUGCAACGGCAGCAGUGAACGCAUUGGGAGAACUGAGUCCGGGCGGUGCAUUGAUGCGUGGAUUUCAAGAACAAUCACUUGCCCAGCUAGUGCCUCCGGAUGUGGAGAAGGAAAUAAGGAAUUUAUAUCUAUCGUUAAGUGAAUUGUUGAAACAUUUUUGGAAUUCAUUUCCGCCAACCACCCCCGAAUGUGAGUCGAAAGCAGUUAGAAUGCACGAAGCGCUGCAGCGUUUUCAAAUGGCCAAGCUAAAGCCAUUCGAGGAACGGGCAUUGCGUGAAUUAUCACCGUUAGGCUCAGCGCUCACACAACAUUUAAAUCAGUUACUACAAAUGGCUAAUAUGAAAUAUGCUACUUGGCACGACCGUAAAGUUCGAAUGCACAGGUAGCCAGAAAUCGGACGCAUCGUUGCAACAUUUCACAUCAAAUUGAAAAUGUUCCAGCAAACAGUUCCAGGGCGGUUUCAAUUUUACGUUCGUUUUGUUUACAACUUUGUUCACUAUGUGGCUGUUCAAUAAAUCCGGUUCGGA